CAUGCUGCACUACCUCCUCAACAUGAUGUCGUCGUGGGCCAUCGUGUGCGACGUGUGGUACCUGCCCCCCAUGCGGAGGGGGGAGAGGGAGGACGCCGUGGCCUUCGCGAACAGAGUGAAGGCGGCCGUGGCGGCCCGGGGAGGGCUUAUAGACCUGCAGUGGUGAGUGUGAUACAGAGGGGCGAUUGGAACAGCUACGGCAUGCUGCACUACCUCCUCAACAUGAUGUCGUCGUGGGCCAUUGUGUGCGACGUGUGGUACCUGCCCCCCAUGCGGAGGGGGGAGAGGGAGGACGCCGUGGCCUUCGCGAACAGAGUGAAGGCGGCCGUGGCGGCCCGGGGAGGGCUUAUAGACCUGCAGUGGUGAGUGUGAUACAGAGGGGCGAUUGGAACAGCUACGGCAUGCUGCACUACCUCCUCAACAUGAUGUCGUCGUGGGCCAUCGUGUGCGACGUGUGGUACCUGCCCCCCAUGCGGAGGGGGGAGAGGGAGGACGCCGUGGCCUUCGCGAACAGAGUGAAGGCGGCCGUGGCGGCCCGGGGAGGGCUUAUAGACCUGCAGUGGGACGGCCAACUAAAACGUAUGAAGGCGAAGAAGGAAUGGCGGGAAUUGCAGCAAGAAGAAUUCAGCAAACGGUUAAAAGGCGAAUGAGAAUACCUGGUUAAAGUGUUAAAAUACCUGGUAAAUAACAGGUAAAAAUACCUGGUAAAUACUAGCCGAUACCUGGAACAGGUAAAUGUACUGAGUGUUAAUAUUUGUGACUUAAAAGUGAGUGAGCAAUGAUUAUGAUAUGACUAGUAUACGUUUUGUAUGGAAAAAUACCUGUUAGUAUUUUAUUAGUUACGCUUUGAGCGUAUUGUGUAUAUUUGAAGGGGUCUCUAUUGUUUCCCGAAUAGUUUUAAGUCAUAAUGUAUUGUUUGUCCGAAUUUUCGUUAGCCAUAAUUGGUUAUUCACAGAAACGCGUAACUUUUCAGGAUUGCCAUAAAACAAAUCUAACCUAACCCAUCUACAGAAUAACCUUACGAAAAUCCUGAACUAUUAACGGUUUCAGUUUUAUGACUAACGAUAAUAUGACAAACAACACAUUAUGACUUAAAACUUUAUGGGAAACAAAGGGACCCCAUAUUUGAAGCCAUAUUGCUUAGGUAGUAUGUUAUUUUUAAUAUAAUGUAUAGUCGUUCGAUUUGUAGCAGGCCCCGAACGGCUAAUCCUUUGUCUAUUCAGUUUAAGUAAAACCGUGCCUGCUACUACCUGCAUAAAAAAUGGUUCGGUCACUUUAACCGGUUAUUGAAUUAUAACUCCUAUGGGACUUGCAAUAAGAUUCAAAAUGAACUAAUGGAAAGAUAUUUUGCGAGGCUGUGUGUGGUCCCUUUACGGUUACUGAGUGCCGGCGAGUCGAACGCUACAGAACCAGUCUAAAAUGUGUCAUCGAGAUGCGUAACAAAGGCGCGUUGUCGGAGAGCGCACCUACACUGGUUUUUUGAGCGUUGGACUAGCCCGCGCUCAGGUGCCAAAUAGAUUAAUAGGGUAUUAUACUGUAUAUAAAAUAAAUUAUUUUACACCAUGCAUGAAAUAAAGCACCACAUAAUUAUUAGAAAAACACAGAUAGGAGUCAUUUUUAAACACAAGUUCUAUUUAAUAAACCGGAUAGAAAUAUAAAUAGUAGGUGAGUUGACCGUGACGUCACGAUGUAAUGUUUCAUCUAAAUUCCAUUUGAUAGUUCUAAAAAAGUAACUGAUUUGACUAGCAGGAAAAUACCUUAUUAAGAUCCUUUUCAUGCAGGUAAGUAGCACUUGCGGUUUUGCUUAAAAUUUUAACUAGCCUAGCUCUCACGGUUCAUGAGUUAUAGCCUGGUGACAUACAGACGUACAGAGUAGUCUUAUAGGGUCCCGUUUUUACCCUUUGGGUACGGAACCCUAAAAAUGACUCAUCUAGGGCCAAAAUCUAGAGAGGAAAAUGUCAAAACGUUUGUAUGGAAUAAUUAUAUUAAUCCUCUUAAUUUCUUGCGUUUUCAGAACCGCUAAAAGUGUAACGUAGCAUGCUUUAUAAGCUUCAUAAGAAAUUAUACUGCAAAACGUAAUUCAAGACCAAAAAAAGUAAGAAAAUGUUGCCACUGCAAUAAUUUGUUUGUAAAAUAGUAAAUUCCUGUUGCUAAAUAAUCACGCUAAGAUAAUUUAUUUAUUAGUAAUUUUACUCCUACGAUUUAAAAAAGUACCUACUUUUAUUUACAUAAAUACAAGACGCGCUAGUAAAAAGUGGCAACAUUUUCUUACUUUUUUUGGUCUUGAAAUUUAAUCACCAAUUUUAGAUUCAUGGUAAUAUUAGAGCCCUCUAAAUUGAAAAAAUGCCCCAAAACGAAAAUACUGGCGUCACAAAUUGGUAUUCUUGCGUCCUUACUCCAUUUUAUCGGUAUCGGUAAUAUCGGUCAUAAUCGGCGGUCGAAUUCGGCGAGCCAAAUUGGCGUUUGCGUCCGCACGACCUGAUUCGAUCGGACAAUUUAAUCAGAUUGGCGAAAAAUUGACUCGUCUGGAUACGCCAUAUUAAGGAUGGUAUUCCAUCUAUCCAAUAGGUCCAAUGUGCAUUUGCGUCUCACAUUUUGCUUUAAUAAGAGAG